GGCUCGAGGUGGCAUGUGUCAUCGAGGGACGACCCCACUGCGGCCGGAGCCCGAAUGUCGCCGCUUUUCCUGACGUUGCUGAAGAAGCGCUGGAUUGUGAAGACAGCGCCAUUUCUGUCGGCGUCCAUGAUACGCGAUGCUACCGCAGCGGAUUCCAGAGCCUGAGCUCGGAACGGCAGCGGGAGAGAAGUAGCCGCUCCCCUUUCCUCUCCGCUUCAGCCCGCGGCAGGUUGUGCCGGUGAAGUGAGACCUUACCCAAACAAUGGACCCCUCCGACUGACAAGCAAACACAUCUUGUGUUUUCUCAGCAGCUGAGAACUAUCAGCAGCAUAAGCCAUGCCUGACGAGUAAAAUAACCUUUUGCUCAAAGCAAUAAAAAAAAAAGAAAAAAAAAAAGCUACUACAUGUCUCCUCAUGUAGAGCUCCCUCAGUGGAUCCUGCUGGAGUGACUUCCCCCUCUUCCAGAUAGGUUCUGCCUCAUCCUCUCUCCGUACCCUUUUCCACCGACCACCCAUAAUUACCCAUCAUAAUGCUGCUCCGCCUGAGAAUGGCCAACACUUGAGGUCCCAUGCGUCCAGUGAGCACCGAUUCAGACGGUCCUGCUCCUCCUGAAAACUUCUCCUGCCCCUACCCCGUCGUGGGCCCCCUGCCUGCCUCAGAGAUGUCCCUUCUCCAGUCACUGGGUCCUGUGCAAAGCUGGCUUGGCCAGGAGCUUGAGAAGUGCGGGAUUGAUGCCAUGAUUUACACCCGCUAUGUCCUCAGCCUUCUCCUGCACGACAGUUACGACUACGACCUGCAGGACCAGGAAAAUGACAUCUUCUUGGGCUGGGAGAAGGGAACUGGGAAGAAAUGGGGUAAGAGUAAGAAGAAGGGAGGGACUGACCUGAGUCUUGAGGAAAUGAAGAAACAAGCCGCUGUGCAAUGCCUCCGCUCCGCAUCUGAUGAAAACUCUGGAAUUGAGAGCCUGGUUGAAGAGCUUUGCUCUAAACUUAAGGACAUCCAAAACAAACAGAAAGAGGAAAAGCAGAUUCAAAAGAAAUCUGAUGGCUCUCAGUCUCCAGAGCGAGCUGAGUCCCCCUCUUCAAAAGACCAGGUGGAAAUGUAUUAUGAAGCCUUUCCUCCUUUGUCAGAAAAACCUGUUUGUCUCCAAGAGAUCAUGACGGUGUGGAACAAGGCAAAGACCUGCGCAUACUCAAGUUCAUCAUCCUCUGCAGCCCCACAGACCAGCACGGACACCUCCUCCCCAAAAGAUUGCAACAGUGAAGGUGAAGCUGCAAAGGAGAGACAUCUAGACGCGUGUACUGUCACCAGUGAACGAGGCCAGCAGCGACGAAGCAAGAAGGAGAAGGAAAACCGUUAUCAUGGUGGCGCAGCAGCGGAGGAGAAAUCUACCGUCCACUCUAAGAGACAGACCAGACACAGAUCUGAGGGCAAAUACAGACCCAGAUCCUGGUCGUCAGGCUCUAGUGAGGCGGGCUCCAGCUCAAGUGGGAACCAGGGUGACACCAAGUCAUCCAGAAGCAAGGCAGUUAGAAUAAGGCACAAAUCCAGAGAGGCUGCAAAGAACAAGAGAACACGCAACAGUGGGCAGGUGAAGCUCCAGGUGAAGGUAAUUGACAAAGAUGAGCGAAGAAACACAGGGGGGAGCAGCAGCGUCGUCACCGGAAGUGCUGCCAAACAACCACAGCUUUACAAAAAGGGGAAGAGGCUGCUUAAGGAGAUUCGUAAAGAUCCAGGCUGGGUGGAAGCAAAAGAGUUUGGGGUUGAGGCCGCAGACAAAAAGGAAUACAUGGAGGAGCCACUUUGGUAUACUGAGCCCAUCACGGAGUACUUUGAACCUUUCAGCAGCAGACAAAGCAAACUGGAAACAAAAUAUCGAAGUAAGAUAGACUCUUCAGACGGCUUUGCCAUGUCAACUGACAUGGAGAGGCUGCCGGAGAGAAUCCAGGGAAUCUGCAUUGCCAACGAGAGCUACCAGAGGGCAUACCUUGCAGCAGGCUCGUUUGUGGAUGGGCACUUUGUGGAAGGGCCUGGUGAAGCAGAAGACGAAACUGCUGAACUCACUGGGACCUCCAGCUGCCCUCAGCCAGAGGAUGGAGAUUUAGAUGACAAGCAUCUGUCUGAAUUCACUCACUUCUAUGAAGUUGAUAUUUAUCAAUCCAUAUUGGAUACUAGUGCCUCAGACUCAAUACAAGAGAGUCGGAUCUUAAGCAUGAUUCGACAAAAAAGCAAAGAGCAAGGAGACGUUGAGGCAGAUUGUUGUUUAGUGUUAGAUGGCUUUGAGCAGCAAGGGAAAAGUGCAAUACGGGAAGACUCACAGGAAGCUUCGGGAUCUGUUGGAUUCUUAAUGGAGGAUCUGGAAAACAUGGCUCAAGUGUGGGGAUGUUAUUCACCCUCUACUUCAGAAGAUAUGGAUGGAGAAAGCUUCGUAGGAGACUCUCCCAUUCGCCUCUCCCCCCUUCUCGAUAGUGUUUCGUUCACCCUGAGCAAACUAUCUGGAAAUGUGGAGGAGCCACCUGUUCCUGAAGCCACCGGUGAACCAUCUGGUUUGAACUCAUCCUGCUUCUCUCUUUUCGAGCUGCAGUAUGACAGUCCCACCUUUCCUUUUCCCCGUGACUCACUCACUGUUGGUCACGAAAACAACACAGAUUCUAGUAGCUGUUUCGACCCACAUUCUAAUAAACAGUCUCGUUUGCUAAUAUGGACCAAAAAUAGUGCCUUUGACGAAACUGAACAAUGUUCUAACCUUUCAACUCGAACAUGCAGUCCGUGGUCACAUUCAGAGGAGACUCGUUCAGACAACGAGCAAGGAAAUGCUGCGACAGAGGAUGCUGCUCAAAUUGGCAACAAAGAGAUUGAUUGUAUAAUCCCUCCUCUCUCUGGUGCUUAUCUAGAAGACGAAAUCUUGGAUUUUUUGCAAGCUGAGACUUGCCACAAGUGUGAGGAGGUCAGCGUUGUCACAGCAUCCAAUCAGACCAUCAAAAAAUCUAAAUUGGAGUCCAUUUGUGGAAUAGCAUUGGAAAAGGAUGAGAGUAAACAGUACAGCACUGGCAUGUUUUCGGACAACACAAACCAACAGAGUGAUGAUUACAGCUCAGGGAUAAUAAAGGACAUUUGGACUGCAAUUGGAGAUGGCAAAUCUGUAAUGUCAAGGCAAGGAGUAGAAAAUCCAAGUGAGGGAGUAUUCUCAGAUGAGUCCGGCAGUUACUGCUGCAGCUGUCUGGAGGUGGAGGCAAAAGGCGUUCCAAUUCAGGGGCCUCAGAAAAAGGCAGUGCAGCGGUCAGAGUAUCACCUAUGGGAAGGCAAGAAACAAGAACAGGACCUAGCCAAAAACAAACUUUCAAAGGUAGAUGGUUCAGGGGAUUACAUGACUCCGUCCAAGCCCUGGGACUUUACUUCUGACAAGGAGAGCACGUCAUUCAUCCUAGGAGGGGUGUAUGGAGAGCUGAAGACGCUAAGUGGUGAUAAAAAUUGGGCUGUCGUGCCGCCAAGUGACACCCAAGAUAGCCUGCUCAAGUGUGCCGCCGCAGCUGCAUCUGCUUCUAGCUCAGACAUGCUCACCAUCACUGGCACAGAUGUGUUCAUGAACAGGAGCAGCUGCUUUGCCCCUGGCCACAGGCCCCUGUGGAGGCCUCUUGUGUCCUUUGGGCAGAGUGACCAGGCCAUCAAAGGAGGCGGAGAUGGAUUGAAUAAGGGAUUUUCUUUCAUCUUCCAUGAAGAUUUGCUUGGAUCGUACGGAGGCUUGCAUAGUGAGGAGCAAGGUUUAGAAUACCCGUUCGCAUCCUUCAACCUAAACAAUCCCUUCUCUCAAGUCCUCCAUGUUGAGUGUUCUUUUGAGCCUGAAGACAUGGCCUCUUUCAGUCCAGGAUUCAAGCCCAAAUCUAUUCUGUGCUCGGACUCAGAGAGUGAAGCGUUCCACCCUCGAAUAUAUGGCAUCAACCGGACACAGUACAGGGCCAUUCGCAUUUCUCCCAGGACCCAUUUCCGACCAAUUUCGGCCUCCGAGUUGUCUCCUGUUGGAGUGAGCGAUUCUGAGGCUGAGACUGACAAAGAGGAGAUGAGUUUUCCUGUCCUGGAGCCGGUGGACGUCUUUGAUGACCCUCAGGCAGACCUCAAACCUCUGGAAGAGGAUGCAGAAUGUGAGGGCCCUUAUUACGGGAAGUCAGAACUGGAAUCUGGUAAAUUUUUACCCAGAUUAAAGAAGACUGGCAUGGAGAAGAGUGCCCAGACUUCUCUGGAUUCACAGGAGGGCUCAAGUACCCUCCUGCCAAUCGCUGAGCAAGAAAUUUGCUUAGACUGCAAAACAGCUGCAGCUGCAUCGACUGCUGGUGGACAGACGGACGUCUCAGUCGACAAGAUUCAAAAAGAGGAGUCUUCAGAAGAAAAAGAGUCCUGCUUUUGUGCACCAGCAGGUCAGAUCCCCAAGUAUGGGAUUGCUUAUGACUUUGUUGGAGAUGUGCCAGAGUUCCCUCUGUUAAAUAUAAGUGGACAGGGAGGAACAGGCAACCAGCAAGAUGAGUGCUGGUGGCAGACCACACUCUGCUCCCCCCUUUUCCCUGGAUCUCAAUGUACAGGGAGCAGCAACAUUUGAAAGCUCCAGUUUUGAAGAGGAUGCCUGUCGUCAAGAGGAAACCCUCUUCUCCUUUUGUGACUGGACCUCUACCAGCAAAGAUUCAGGGUCAUCUCAGAGCUGGAAAAGCUAAUGUAGGCUAAUUUUUCUGAGAAACCCAUUCAAACCCCCCACCCGCACAUAACCCCUGCUGGUUUUCAUUUACUAACUUAAAUCCAUGUGUAAUCAACAAUCAGAUCAACAAGAAGUGAGUGAAAAAUAGGAAAACUCAAAAAAUAUGUUCUGUGUUUGAGUGAUGCCAGUGAUGUGCGAACAUGCAUUUUAGAAUUUCAGUUGAUUCUUCUGUACACUGCUCCUCAUUCAAGUCUCUCAGUUAGUUAGUAGGGGCAAUCUUUUUUUCUAUCCUUGUCAGAUUUGUUCCCACCAAUUUGCUUUUGAACCAGGUAACUGGUAGUUGGUGGUGUCUGAAUGGUUGUGCAUGUGUGUUUGUCCAGCCAGUCUCACUCCUUUUUUCUAGUUAAACCUAACGUUGUGUGAAACGACUGCAGUCGCAUCCUCUACUUUCCAUCUUGUGUUCAGAAAGGCAACAAAAGGAUGUUGGGGUUUUUGAGUUGUGUAAAAGUUUGAGAGUUACACUGAGCUAGUUUGGCUGGAAGACUUUCUGAAUGUGAAGUAGAGAAUGUGUGCAGAUUUCUUCUAAAUAUCCGUAAAUUCCCCACGUGUGAAAAGUUAUUAUAAAUGAGUCAGAUUUUUGAAUGGUGAUAGUCUUUCAAAAGCUAGUAGUAGACUUAGUACGGUUUGUGAGGCUAAAAUAAUAAAAAAUCCUUCAAAAAUAAUUUAAAAAAGGAAAUCAAAAAGAAGUUUUGUUGGCAAAAAUACAAAUAAUCCCCUUGAAAUGCAAUGCUGUAAAGGAGGUCGGGGGGAGAAAAAAGUUUGUGAAAAGACAUGACGACAGCCAUUUCUGCAGACACCUGUGUUGCAACUGAAUGAAACUUUGUUUUAUUAUUUUUUGUCAUUUCUAUGGUACAGAGUAUUGGUGCUAAAAAUAUGUUCAAACAUCUUUUUGAAGAUCCAUUAUACGGCUGACGUAGACGGCAAAGCCUAGUUUUGUUUGUAGUCCAGACAGUCGAGACUCCAUGAAUAUAUUUUUACGAAAGUUGUUAAAAGAGGAAAAACUCUUUUUUCUUUUGCCUGAUCGCGGUUCUUCUAAAUGUGGCUUGGUUUUUAUUUUGAGGUAGCUGCUUAGUUGUCAGGCCUGUAACAGCUGAAACAGAAAAGCCCUGCAGGUAUUUAAAUCUUGUGUUUUUAUCACAUCCUUUCAGUCCAUUGUCUCCAAGCAGAAAGAACAAAUUCUGCAUCGAGUGAAUCAACUGUCCAUGCUGCAAGUAAACUAAAUCUAUAACAAAACAAAUAGCGGGGCAAUGUUUAUACCAAAAACAUACAUUACAUCAUCACACUAACAUACAAAUGCUUUUUUCAUGUGACGUGUGUUUUUAUUUUAAUUUUUUUGGUUUACAAUAUAUCUUGUCGAAAUAUUAAGUAAUGUCUCACCGUGUGUGUCAGCAUAGAACUUGUGAAGGUACAGGUUCAUAGUGAGUGUCUGAGAACUUUAUCUCAGAGAAAUGUGAACCUGUGCAGAUGCGCACAUUCACAGAAAUGCAAACCUGUUCGGGGAAUUAAAAAAAAAAAAAAAAAAAAAAACCUGAAGAAAUUAGCGUUGAGGUGUGGUUUGCUGACCUUUUGUGUGACCUGUGCUUUGAAAAUGAAAUUUAGUUAAAGCAUCUACAGAUACAUUUUUUUGAACAGGUUUUGAGGACAGUAGCAGGGCAGUUUAUUUGUCUCAUACUUUGAUACUGAAGCACAGAUGAACUCAAACCAUCCCUCCAUUAAUGAGUUAUUAGAAAUAUAUGUCGGCAGAGUAAGCAGACUUGCUGUAAUGCACUGUCGCAGGUGAAGGUGUCUCUAUUCCGAGCAUGGCUUUGGAAGUGGCUUCCUCGUUUUGACAAAUGCAAAGAGUAAAGGCCCACUGCGUUUUUUUUUUCUUCCCCUCAAUCCGAUGCCACCAUUAACCCCGAGUAGCUGAAUGAAAGGUACUCCACUUCAGGGUCUUGUCCCAUUUCUUUGACAGUCAUCAGACACUCAGGAAUUUUUUAUAAGCAUAACUGCAUAAUCUACACUCGGACCUGUGACAGUGCAUUAAUGUUAAACAUUUCUUUGAUUGUAGAGCAGAAAUUACUGACAGUUCUCUCGCAGCAAACCACAGGGAGGACUGUUGUUCAUUUUGAGCUAUAGGUUUAGGGAAAAAAACAAAAGAACUAAGCCAUUGAGAUUGCAUAAGCAAUGCGGAGGGGAAUCCCAAAAACCCUGAGUCCUAUGCAAUUCCUUGGCGCAUGUAAACAUUCAACAGUAUAUGAAGAGAAGUCAUUCAGUUCAUUUUGCAUGUUGAUAACUUAUGAGUGAGGGACAACUGAGAAAAAAACCAAACCAAGGAAUGUCCCUAAAAAAGGAGCAUGCAAACAUCACACUCCAUCUUCUUAUGUUGGGUUGAACAAAAUAGUUUUGGUUGAAGAAAAAAAUAUUACGAGUGAGGUUGUGUCAAUGAGUGAAAGAAUGUGAUGCGUGUUUGUGUGCGUGUGUGAAUGUAUGCAAGAGGCUGAGUCACAAAAGGCACUUAUUGGGAGUUGAAAGGAACGCAUCACACCUUUCCUCAUUUAAUUCUUCCAUUUUGAUAGGCCGUAUUUAAAGAAAAAAAAAAAGAGAAAGAAAAAAGAAGAUAAAAAAACAGCGUAUGACGAGAAAAUGUAUUCAGUGAGGGUAUACGCAUUUGGAACGACACUGAUUGGGUGGCAGAGUUUCAAUUUGCAUUUUGGUUCGAAGAACAUAUCCUGCACUGAAAACAUUGUGUUUUCCUCGUCUUUCAUUCCCCCCUAGAUGAUGGCCCUUCACCCUCAUCCCACCUCUGUGUUCCUAAAGCCCAUCUGCCCCCCCUAGUAGCUGUGUUGUUCUAAUUUCAUGUACACCCAGAGUAAAUUAUUUUGUUUCAUUGUGGAUUUUCUUAACAUCUAAUAAAGGAAUAAACCAAACCUCAA